AAAAAUUAUAAAUAAUUUGAUGAAAGUCAUACAAAACCCUCGACAUUUUUUCGUCACGCGACCAUUAUCCUCAAGACUGAUUUCUGACUUUUCGCACGACAACUACCUUAUCUGUCUCAAGUGACAUUCGAUUACGUUCAUCACUCACUGAGGAUGCAGACUAUCGUAGAAGAUAUGUUGCGGAGAGAAGAAUCUUGCUUUGUGCAGCUGAAAUGGCAAAGGAGGGAAUAAAUAGCAAACAAAAUUUGGUAACAUACAUCGCAAAAAAGAAUUGAAGCACAUUAACGUCGGAGAGGUAUUUAUUCGCAAAAUUGGAAAGGCUAGAGCAUACAGCUUGUUUAUUGCCAAAAAAAUGGAAAAGGGCAUAAAUACUGAGGAUGACGAGGAGCCAGGAGAAACAGAAACUAUGAUUAUAAACGAAGUAGAUGGAUUGCCUAGCAUGCACUCAAAUUACAGUCAACUGGAUAUUGAAUUUGAAGAGGGGGAAAGUUGUAAGGACUUGAACGCAAGAACGUUAGAUGAAUUGGUUCAUGAUGAAGACUUACCAAUGUCUAUCAUUUUGACGAAUAUAGAUCCGCUUGUCUUCACAUGUGAAGAAUUAAAGGCUGAUAUUGAGAAAUUAUGUAAAAAGUUUGGCGAGGUUGAUUCAUUUCAAUAUUUCAAGUCUUUUAGAAGGAUGAGGGUGAAUUUUACUGCUGCAAGUUUCGCAGCACAUGCCAGAAUAAAAUUGCAUCAAAAACGAUUUGGCGAAACUGACAUCAGUUGUUAUUUUGCUCAGUCCUAUACGCCUAUAGGUAUGGAAGACCAAUAUCUGCAUCCUCCGGCUCUUACUAAGCAGCACCUAAUAUCACCUCCAGCUUCUCCGCCUGUUGGUUGGGAACCUAGAUCAGAAGGCGAACCCCUUGUCAAUCAUGAUUUGCUGGCAGCUAUUUCGAAUCUAACUCCAGGAUCCAUUCACGAACUGCAUAGAGGUGGGCCUGGGCAGCCAGGUAUAGUUGUACACGUUUGUGAAGCAGCUAAAUCCAUUAAAAAAUCUACUCGUAUGGAACAGACACGUUGUACAGAACUUUAAUUUAUUAUAUUUGUUAUUUCUCUGUCGGUUCUUACUUUUUAAUAUGCAUGACAUGUUUUCGUCCAUCGAGGUAUCAAUAUGUCAUUCAAAGUAAACAAAACUUAAUGUACAUGCUACUGAUACCAAACAAUUUAUUCUUAUAUAGUGCGAAUAAGCCAUAAAUUUUAAUUAAAUAAAAAUUAGGCUUGAGUUUGUACAUAAAAAGGUUGGUAAGCCUGCCCUCAAAGGUCUCCACACAGAAUCAAGCCUGAUUAGAAUCGAUGUUCCAAUAUAUCUAAUAAGUGGUUUUCCAACCACAUGUUAAGAAUUUCAGUGACAUGUCGAGGGCCCAGGACUAGAGCUCUUAGUUCUUCACAAAUGUACACUAGAAGUAAUUGGAAAAUGCAUUGUUUUUUCAUAAAGAGAUUGGCAGAAAUAUAAACGUCCGCAAAAUAAAGGGUUAGAAUUUUUCUCGUACCAAUCUAGGAUGAAAAUUUAUUUUAUGUUCAAAGGGCACAAAAAUAAAUAUUAUUAUUCUAUUAUUUUGUUAUCGAAAGCAGUUCGACGGAACAUUUAAUUCUGGGACCUCGAAAUGCGGAAGUUUUAAAUCUAUUAUUUGUCGUUCCUUUUAAUUUUAAAUUAACGCCUUCAUCCAUUUGAUAAUUAUUGAUUUAUGCUUUAAUGGAAUAUAGGUAACGAAUGUACCGUUAAAAGAAGAAUCGCACUAUUUGCACUUUCGGAGAUUUCUAGCUAGUCCGAAAAAUCUUAUCUGUCUGUAGAUAGAGUUUUUAUCUUUUCAUCAUCAUUUAAUAGUAUAUUACAUCGUCGAAGGCCGAAGUUAAUGGUCGAAGUCCAUGAUUUUUCUUGUCAUUCUGUAAACACUAAAUGCCUGUGUUGAAACGUAUAUAACCCUAUUAGUAAUGUAAGAUAUUUUAAACGAAAGCGCCAUAUGUUAUGAGCCUACGAAGCCCAGUGAUAAUGAUAAUGGCCACUGACCGAACAUUCUGCUGUUUUGUUUUCUUUAUUUGUCAAAUUCAUCCAGUGCCAGCUCAUAUUUAACCUUAGAUUUUUGGAAUACUAAAUCUUGCUUUGCUUCUUUCACUUCUUCAUUUACGUUUAGGGGUGAGUUUUAGUAAUUUUUUCAUGAUUUUGAGUGUACGAAGAUUUACAUUUAUAAGACUAUGUGAUCUUAUUGCUGAUAUUCGAAGUUUUAACAGGUUCUAUUGUUGUUGAAAUGGUUGUAGAUAAAAGUAUGCGAUUUAUGUGGGUCCCAUAUGUGUGAGGUGUGAUUGGUUAUGUUGUUUGGCGCGAGAUUUUUAAGAUGUUCGUUCUGAGGUGAAGUUGGAUGUUUAUCUACGUGUGUUUAUAGUAAAUGAAUAAAAUAUAUUGUGUGUUAUUCUAUGGCCAUUUGUGGAACUAUUUAAAUGCCGCUAGCUGGGCGAUAUGGUAAAGGACUAUCUUAACGCUCACAUUUGUAGGGGUGUAAUAGGCUCAUAAAGUGGUAUUUUCCAAUAAAAUUAUUUACUCAUGAAUGAAGUCAA